GCGCCGAUCCGGAUGCCCGAGGCAGAAGGAUGUUUGACCUCCGGAUAAGCGAGGCGCCGCUGUGCAUUCAUUCCCGGCUGCAUCGGUGGCGACAGCAGCGACCCGGGCGGCGACUCUCCGGCCAGAGGCGGCGGUAGGAGGCACCGGCAGUAGUGCGGGGACCGAGUCCGAGCCGAGCUGCGUUCCCUCCCUCGCUCGUUCCUUCCCCCCCUACCUCACUCGCUCCCUCCCUGCGUGGCUCGCUUUCCUCCUCCGGUCGCCGGCGGGUGUGAUGUGCCGCCGCCGCUGCCCCCGCCGCCGCUGACUGACGGAGCAGGGGGCGCCGCCCGCGCCCGGGACCGACCCCGCGAGCUCGCGGCCGCGCCUCUGAGCUCUCUAUGAAUAUCAGCUUACAUCGUUGAAAGGAUAAUUUGGAAGACAUGUUUUGCUGAAAGGACAACUGAGAAAAAUUUUACGAAUGGGAUGAACACGCGCCAGUUAACAGACUACCUACUGCAAUUUGAAUGUUAACAAUUACCCACCUGGUACAGUUAACCUAGUGAUGUACCUAUUCUCACAAUACCCUAUUUCAGUGUGCUUGUCUUGAUUAAAGAAUUCAAAGUGGAGUACCGCAAACUUGAUAUGGAUAAUAAAAAGAAAGACAAGGACAAAUCAGAUGAUAGAAUGGCACGACCUAGUGGUCGGUCGGGACACAAUACUCGAGGAACUGGGUCUUCAUCUUCUGGAGUUUUAAUGGUUGGACCUAACUUUAGAGUUGGAAAAAAAAUUGGAUGUGGCAAUUUUGGAGAAUUACGAUUAGGGAAAAAUUUAUAUACAAAUGAAUAUGUGGCAAUUAAACUGGAGCCCAUGAAAUCCAGAGCACCACAGCUACAUUUGGAAUACAGAUUCUACAAGCAGCUAGGAUCUGGAGAUGGUAUACCUCAAGUUUACUAUUUUGGCCCGUGUGGUAAAUACAACGCCAUGGUGCUCGAACUGCUCGGACCUAGUUUGGAAGAUUUGUUUGACCUGUGUGACAGGACGUUUUCUCUGAAGACUGUUCUCAUGAUCGCUAUCCAGCUGAUUUCUCGCAUGGAAUAUGUCCAUUCAAAGAACUUGAUAUACAGAGAUGUAAAGCCUGAGAACUUCUUAAUAGGACGACCAGGAAACAAAACCCAGCAAGUUAUUCAUAUUAUAGAUUUUGGUUUGGCAAAGGAAUAUAUCGAUCCAGAGACAAAGAAACACAUACCAUACAGAGAACACAAGAGCCUUACAGGAACAGCUAGAUAUAUGAGCAUAAACACACAUUUAGGAAAAGAACAAAGUAGAAGAGAUGACUUAGAAGCUUUAGGUCAUAUGUUCAUGUAUUUUCUGAGGGGCAGUCUUCCUUGGCAAGGUUUAAAGGCUGACACAUUAAAAGAGAGGUAUCAGAAAAUUGGAGAUACAAAACGAGCCACACCAAUAGAAGUGCUGUGUGAAAAUUUUCCAGGCUCUCCUGCACAGGGCUGGCCUUCUGGUGGUAGUCGUAGCAGCCACGUAAUCUCAGAAAUGGCAACGUAUCUUCGUUAUGUAAGAAGGCUAGAUUUUUUUGAAAAACCAGAUUAUGACUACCUAAGAAAACUUUUUACUGACUUAUUUGAUCGAAAAGGAUAUAUGUUUGAUUAUGAAUAUGACUGGAUUGGUAAACAGUUGCCUACUCCAGUGGGCGCCGUUCAGCAGGAUCCUGCUCUGUCCUCAAACAGAGAAGCACAUCAACACAGAGACAAGAUGCAACAAUCCAAAAAUCAGUCGGCAGACCACAGGGCAGCUUGGGACUCCCAGCAGGCAAAUCCCCACCAUUUGAGAGCUCACCUUGCAGCAGACAGACAUGGUGGCUCGGUACAGGUUGUAAGUUCGACAAAUGGAGAGUUAAACACAGAUGACCCCACCGCAGGACGUUCAAAUGCACCCAUCACAGCCCCUACGGAAGUAGAAGUGAUGGAUGAAACCAACUGCCAGAAAGUGUUGAACAUGUGGUGCUGCUGUUUUUUCAAACGAAGGAAAAGGAAAACCAUACAGCGCCACAAAUGACUCUGGACACAGACAGAUCAUGGGGAGUUACUUACGUGUUCAUCUGCUGUCUUGUGAUUAAAAAUCAUCUCCGUAGUGACCACAUACAUUUUCGAGGACUCACUCGUAGAAACAAAAAUGUCAUACAUACUUUCAUACUUCAUUUUGUGGUUGUCUUACAUUCAUAUUUUUUUCUAAUUUAACUUUUAUGGAAGCUUUAAAGUUUUGUCGAAACACGAGUGCUUUGCCCGUCGAUGAACGGAAUGGACCAAUGAGGUGGUGUCGAUGAAUACCGUUCUGAGGACAUUUUUCAGAAGCUCUCCUCCUGUUAUAGAAAAAGCAGUACAGUAUCUUCAGUGUCAGCCAGUUAUAUACCUGAUCUGGUUUUUGAUAACUUCUGUAAGAGCAUAAUCAAACAGGAAUGUCCCUCCUCCCCCCCCGCCCCCCCUCCCCCCCGCCCGGUGGAUCGUGCAACAGAGAAGACACCGUUGCCCCCAAAUGUAAAAGAAGUUAUUUUACGGGACGUUCCUUUCUUGUGUGGCAUCUGCAUCGAUUUCAGUAUUACUGACGGUACGGCUGUGCGUGAGUCAUAUUAACAUUCUCUCUGUGAAAUCAUGGUACAGUCACUGCCCAGAGGUACUGAGGAAAAACGCUCUCGGGGUGCGGCCGAUGGUAGGUGGUAAAAUGGAGUCACGAGUCGCGUGGUAAAUACGAGCUCUGCUUUUGUUGCACCACUUUGUGAAGUUCAGUGUUGCUGAAGUGGCAAAAGCGCUUUUUUUUAAAAGAAAAAAAAAAAAGCAAAAUAUUUGUAUAAUGUAACUUUAUGCUUCCAGAUAAUAAUGUAUGUUAGACAGCAAGAAGCGAAUACUUUGAGAAAUGAAACAUGUUGGAGUUUUGUUUUUGUUUUCGUUUUUUUAAAUACACUAAGGAGAAGAAAUAAAUGUGAAUCUCAUCGCGAUGUGUAAGGUUGAAGUCUGAGGAGAUCCCACUGAAGCCUCCUGCUGAAUGAUUACACUCUCCCUUAAGCAGAAAACUUCGAUGUGCCAUGCAGUGAUGUCUGUUUGUUAAUUAUUUGCUCUUUGAUUAAAAAAAAAAAAAAAAAGAAAAAAAAGAAAGGACCCCCAGCAAUAAAGACUGGGUCACUCUCUUGCCCUCUGUGCACAUUAGCCUCUUGUAUUCAACUUUGCUGGUUCUCUGGAAUUUUCCUACCUUUUAGUAUAAUUUUGAUGAGUGAGAACUAUUUUGGAAAGGAUGGGUCAGGUGCUUUGCCUCCACAGUCUGUUGAAGUGCCUGCAUUAUGAACAAAGUUAAUCGUUCUGCACAAACAGGAAGCCCAGUCUGCUCUUUUAAGUGUGCUUUGUUUGAAGCCAUAAAGAUACCAGGUGUAUUUGGUCACAGUCUGCCAGCCAGAAGUUUCAAGCAGAGUUAAAACAAAACGACUGGCCAGAAAAAGAAUCAUGUUUUUCAGAUCGCACACUCACCUUUCAGUUAUGAAAUUGUUACUUACUCUUCCCACGCAGCCCUUCCUUUGUCUUCGGGCAGCAUGCCUUCAGGCGUGCUUAUUUAUUUUUCUUGUCGCAAGGUAACACUUAAAAUGUGUAAUGAAAGCAAAUAAAUGACAUUUUUGACUUCCUUAUUGCAUUUACAGGGAUUUGAUUGUAUCCGUAAUUUAUUUUUCUUAGUAGCCACGAGGUCCGUGUAUCGUUUUUGCUGAAUUAGGUGCCCACACAGAUACCGCACAUCGGGACAUUGUUUAUCAGCGUUGCUCUGAAUCCUGCGAUCGUUCCAAGUUCUCGAUUUGAAAGGCCCACGCUCAGCCUAGAAGGCAUUUGCUGUAUAGUUUGGUCAACAGUUUUCCAUUCUGUCUGUCUGUAUACUGUCACGAUGUCUCAACCGACAGGAGCUCCAUACUGAGGUUUUCUUUUCGUUUUGCCUUGAGCAGCCUAGAUGGAUGUUUUGGCCGUUAUAAUGUGAAACCACUUCUUUCUUUACAGUAUUUGACCAAAUUUGUGUGUCUAUGAUAUUUGUAAAUACAUGCGAUACCUGUAUUUCUUAUCAUAAGCCUAUUUAGUUUUAUUCUCAGUAGGGUUUUUGGACUGUACAGUGUUUAUAUGAUCUGAACUCCUUAUACAUAAGAAGGUGUGUAUAUUAAUCCAAUUAUGGACUUAAAAUAUUUUAAAAGUAUAAAUACCCUUAUUUGCUGCAAAGACCAGUGUGCAGACAUUUGCUUUCUAGCAAUAUCUUGAAGUGCUCCAUUUUAACGCCAAGGAGAGAGUCUUCUGGCGACACAAACUGGUCGGUAAUAGGUGAUGCAGGUAUGUUCAGGUUAAGCCAACAAUGUUUUGCAUUUUUAUGCUUCUUUUCUGUCAACACUAAUGAAGUCAACAUUGCCUGAAUGUCUGAAUAAUGAAACACAUCCCUGUUUAAAAGUAUGUAACUGAAAAAGAAAUAAAAAAUAAAGGUAGUUUUUUUAAA